AUGUCGGAUUUCGUCGAUAUUAAUGUGAAUACGCAGCCGGCCAGGGCGAAUACCAUCAGUUGGUUUGACGCAAUUAGCCCUGGACGUGCCUCCCGGGUUGUAACACCUGCCACUUGUCCUCCACCCAGCAGCACAAACAUGUCCACAAAGGAAAUACGCCAGAGUGACCUUGCGGUUACACAACGUCAUCAGGAAAAUGACCUCACCGUUUCGACAAUAUGUUACGACGACGAAAGUAACAGCUCACUGUUAAGGCGCUUAAACUCCACAGUAACGCCACCUCGUCCGCAUACUAAUUUAACCGAUGGCGAAAUGGGCACUUCUGUGGUCCUGGGUGAAUAUUCUACCGCUGCUGCCGCAUCGCCACAACGACGGAUGGUGAGUUCAGGAGCCGUUCCUCGUUCGCGUAGGCGGUGUGAUGACAUGUAUGAGGAAGCUGUUCGAGGGAAAUUGGCUAAAAGGCAGUGGGCUGCCGCCGAGCAAAUUCGGCAAUCGAUUCUCGAGAGAGCGCGUAUUGAGCGGGAUUGCACGUUCCAACCUCAACUCUCCCCAUAUGCAAAAAAAUUACACCGCCCUUCUCACCUUGCACCGGAAAACCGCAUUUAUGAAGAGCUUAUGCGAAAGAGUGAAUGGCGUGCACAGAAGCAAAAGGAGCACAUUGAGGAUGAGUUGAAGGGUUGCACUUUUCGACCGCUGACUGUGCAAGCAGCUAAGCUGAAAUCAUCGGCUCAUGUACGUGACUCUCAUAUCUUUAGCGAGCUCUAUAAUCACCAUGAAGAGCAGCAAUACUUUCGCGACGAACUUCGCCCGCGCGUGGUACAGCAUUUGGAACAGCAAAUACUGUACAAAAACCCAUCCAAUAAAAUAGUCUCGGAGAACAAGAUGAGUGAGGUUGUGGAGCGACUUAUUUCCCGGGGCGCCAUUGUACAGGCCGAUCGGCAAAGGGCGAAAAGCGCUGCUAUUAGUUCUGAGACAUUCAAACCAGCUAUCAGCACCAAGUCGGAGCGUAUUGUCUCACGACAACAGGAUGCCGGUUUACUGUCGGAGGAUGUGUUGGAACGGUUAAUGAAUCCGCCAAAGACGAUGUCGCAGGAUCGGUGUCAGCGCCGUGAACGUGAAGAAAAGUUAUUUGAUGAGGAUUUCAAGGAGAUAUGCUCCGAGUAUUUGAAAGGUGUUCGCGUUUCGUUGCGGAAGGAAUUAGAAAAGAACUUUAUCUCCGCCAAAUUCGAUGCAUUGGCAGAUUACAUUCAUAGAGAAGAACCCGAUUACAAGGGAUGUGACAGUCGUGUUGACAAGUACCCCAUCAAACAACUGUUGAAGGCUGCUGUUUCUAUUCUCUCAGCAGAAGAGGGAGAUGAGUUGGUGCACAUACUAACACACAGUAGGUCUCCCGCUCUCAACCGAAAGGGAUUUGUUACUCUGUGUCUGAAGGCUUUAGCAGUGGUUGAAGACCCACGCAGUAGUGCUCUGGCAUCACUACCACCACCCCCUUCUAAUUCAGGAAAUGGAAACCGCACCGGAUUUGUCGAUAACACCGACAAGAAUCGUAGGGAUCAUUUGAACCGCUUGCGCCACAACAUGUCACCCGAGGAAGUUGCGGCCAUAAAGGCAAGCGCAUUGGAGCGGCAGCAACGGCGCACUGAGGAGGAACUGCAACGGCAACGUGCAAAAGAAGAGGAAGAGAUGAGGGAAUGUACCUUCCGACCUCAGACAACCAGAAAAAUACCACGUGAAUGUCGUUCUGGUCGGUACACAAACGUGAGGAUCACCAAGGGGGAGAUGCUCCGCCGAGCGCAUAUUCGAAAAUCAAGGACUGAAAGCGUGGAAACCCCUAGUUUAGACCUACCAAUUCCUCUGGUGAGGGAUAUAUUUAAAAAACUAAAGAUUCCAACAGCGUUUCCUUCACCGCAACGCAGAGCGCAUAGCGCCGGUGCACACCCUGGCGUUUGUGGGAAGCACCGCCAGAUACGUACAACGGCCGUGUUGAAGUCACCCAAACAGCGGGUGAAAUCCACGAGCAGACGAAGCAGAGCAGAAGGGGACCAACAGGGCGUUGCUACGCGUGCCGCUUCUGCCGUCGAUAAAAAGAGUCAUUUCCCAGCAAAGUCAAAGGGUAAAGAAGAGGCCGCAUGUGCAGCAGUUCCGUCUGAACAAAGUUCGGAGGAUGCUGCUGAAACUUAUACCGGCCGCUCGUUUGAUGGCAACCCUUGGCCAAAUGCAGGAGCCCUGUUUCGUGAUGCGGCUUCUGAGCAUGGCGUUUUUGGUGGUGAGGGAGCGCUCACUGAUCUUGGAAGGCAGCUGAUUUUACAGCAACUGCGCGAAUACAGAAGUAGGCAACGGUAA